GCUUUGCUGCUUGCCUCUGACUUUGAUAUGCAGCCAUUUGAGUGUCGCUUGAUGCAGUAGCAGAAACAAGAGCAGCCAUAGAGAAGGGCUGCAAGGGUACAUAUAUAGUCGUACGAGUAUGUGGAACAACCCUCAGGGCUAGGCAAUCUCCAGUCUGUGGUCUGACAGUUGCAGUUCCCGCAUCGCAUGCCUAGAAGAUACUGACGCUGAGGCCAUGCCCUGUACAUCAAACCAGAUCAAAUGGAAAUGAGAUGUUCUGGCACGCGCAACGGCGCUCCAUUUGGACAUUAGUUGUAGUGACUAAUUAUAUGUUUUAGGACUAAUUAUAUCUAUAUUUUUCUGUUGGCUUAUAAUUUGCGGUUAGGCCCUGGAUAAUUACUAUUAUUUUGCCGACCAUUCGCGAUACUUAUGGAGGCUAUAUAUAUAAGAUUGCCAUUACCAUUUUUGGGCAUAUUUUCAAAAUGUUCCUACACGUAAUUCUUUUGGAUGCCAUCCUGCUGCUGGCGAUCGUUGGCCAUUCGAGUGCAGGGACCUACGAACUUUUGGUGGCCGAUGAGAAAAUCUUCAGUGAUUGCCCGAAUCAGGCAAAAGGCACUCUCAAUCAGCAUGGCAUGUUCGACUUGUCAGACUUAAAUAGAAGCAUGAAUGCGGACGGUGUAAACAUCGCAGGAAGCAUGACGUGCGCGUGGAAUAUUCAACCCGAAGAUCGUGUGGAGAUGUCCAUUACCCUUCUCUAUUUCGACAGAGGCACCUGGCAGUCCACCGUCUUCUCCUUGGUGUCGAAGGACUUUUGCAAGAGCAUGUACGACGAGAAGCAGUAUUGGUACAAGUUCUGGACCCAACACUUUACGAAUUCCGCAGAUGUAAAGGAUAAAUGUGUCCUUUACCCUGGUACGAAAUUACAGCUGGAGCCGUUUAUGCUGUCCUUGAGGGCCUCCACCUCGGGACCAUUCCGGAAUGGACGCUACAAAGCCCGGAUCCGCUUCAAUGCUUUCGAUCAGAGCGGGGCCAGUCGCCUACCGAACAUCUGCUUCGAGAUUAUAGGCGACAUUUACAAAGUUUGAGUUGUUUCCUGUUU